AUGAGUUUGCUGCAUCGGGGUUUACAGGUUGACAAUGGUAUUUCAGGUCCUGUUGGGGUGGUAAGACGGGUUGAUUCUUCUCACUCAUGGUGCCCACCUUUAGCAGGUCUUUAUACACUUAAUUGUGAUGCAUCUGUUAAAGAUGACAAAGCUGCAGUCGGUGUGGUAUUGAGUAAUGAAAGAGGUGAAGUUAUGUUCUGUGUGGGGAAACAAAUUGGGGGCUGCUUAGAAGUGGAACUUGCUGAAGGACAGGCUGUUCUAUUUGGUCUUUGGUGUGCUAUAGAUUGUGGCUUCUCCAGCAUUGUUAUCGAAUCUGACUGCAGUACUUUAAUCCAGAAGUUAACAAGUAUUGUACAUGGCUCGAGUCCAAUGCAACUGUUGGUGGAUGAUAUUAAUCAUCUGUCUGAAUCUUUUCCUUUUGUUAGUUUUGAACAUAUUAACCGCAAGGUUAAUUUAGUUGCUCAUAGUUUAGCCAAAUGGGCUUCUUCUUGGAAGAUGCUGUUAUUUUGUUAG